AAAAAAAAAAAAUAACAACGUACAACAUCAGCUGAUCACAGAGCCAUCUAAACUCAUCACAACUGGUUCUUUGUACAACUCCCUCCUUGAUUAUCCCUAUGUCUGUCACAGUAAAGCAUCUCUACUAUCUACAUGUCGCUGUCAUUACUACGGCGGCGAUGGCGAUUCCGAUUACGUUUGGACUUGAGCUGCUUCCGGGACCUAUUGACAGCGGCAUUGUCACGAGGCGUCGUGCAUUUUCUCACUGAACUACUGUACGAGCCAGAAUUGAAAUGACGUGGUGCAUCAUUUGUAAAAUCUUUUGUUUGAUGCAACUUUCGUCGUAACAUCUGUCAACUGAUAUAAGUUUUACACUAAAAAGAGGAAAUUAGGCUAAAAUGGCACAAUAUACGAGUCACAAUAAUGUAGUAUCGAACUCUUCAUCAACGGAAAUUGAAACCUUGAAGUCCAACCCAUUUUCCUCAUUGUUCACGUAAACGCCACGUCACAAGUGACGAAUAAAAACUGAAACUUGACGUUAUGAUACAGAAGGGCACCACUAUUUUUAAAGCAAAAUUCCAGUUGUGUUCCAACAACAAACUACUUUUUCCCACUUAAUUAAAAAAAAAAUAUAUAUAUAUAUAUAUAUAUAUAUAUUAUAUCUCGCACCAAAAUUCCCCCAAUUUCCAGUUUCCACCAACAAUGCCGCUAAAAACACCGGCGGGUUACGGCGGCACCACCGUCACCGCCGCCCAAAUCGACCCGCAAACCUCCAAAUACCUCACCUUCACCUCCCGCCCUGUACCCCAGACCUCCUCCCAACCCCUGUACCCCACUCUCAACUCCCAAACCGUGUACCCGACGAGUCGCCCAUGGCCCGAGAUCUUCUCCCUCACCUCCUUCUCCGUACCCUACAACUACGCCGACGCAAUUGCACGAAUCAAGCGCAACACCGCCUACUUCCGCGUCAACUACGUCAUGGCGACGCUCUUCAUCGUCUUCUGCAGCCUCCUCUGGCACCCGAUCUCUAUGAUCGUCUUCCUCAUCGUCCUCGUCGCCUGGCUCGCCCUCUACUUCUUCCGCACCACCCCCGUUGUUCUGUUCAAUCAGACCUUCGACGACAGGGUCGUCACCGUCGUGCUGGGAUUGGUCACUGUCGUGGCGCUGGUAUUCACUCACGUGGGUUUAAACGUGCUGGUGGCACUGAUCGUCGCCGCCGUGGUUAUUGGGCUCCACGCGGCGUUUCGCGUGACGGAAGACUUGUUUCUCGACGAGGAGACCGCCGCGGAAAAUGGGUUGGUCUCGGUUGUUUCUAGCCAGCAGACCCUCCGCCCUCCGACUUCUUACACCCGGAUUUGAGUUGAACCCGGUAAAAUCGGGUUUUCGGGAAUUCGGAUUUACGGUUUACUGAGGGGGUUGGAUAUUUUUUACCGGGAAAAUUGGAAUUUUUGUGCGAAUUUUUUGGAGGGCUGAAAUUGUAGAGAGAAAAUAUAGCGAUUGCAGUGGCAAAGGUGUUUGAUUUUUUGAUUUUUUGAUUUUUUUUUUAUUUUUAUAUCAAAUGGUUGGUAAAGUUUCAUUAGCACUACUUCUGUAACAGUUUGUGGUGUAUUUUCUAGUCUAUUCGGAGUAACAUAAAAUUGUCGUUUCAAUUGGUUUUCUGUUAAAUAUAAAAAUGUUAUGGCGAUUAUGUUUUA